UACUCACUGUACUUUCAGUGUUAAACAUGGAGCAGGACGAUGUUUCGCCGCUGCAGCACUUUGUGGUGGCAAAGAGGACUAUCAGUGCUAUGUUUCAACAGAUGUUGGAGUAUGUUAGAGAGGGAUCAGAUUUUGUAGAGGAGACGAGGAAGAGUGAGGAUCUGGAGCAUGUAGCUGAGGAAGAACAGUGUCUGCAGAUCCAGGCCUGCUCCAGGAAACUAACGGUCAUCAAUGAUGUGCUGGCCCGCAGACACAUGAAGGUGGCCUUCUUCGGCAGGACCAGUAAUGGAAAGAGUACAGUAAUUAACGCCAUGCUAAGGGAGCGGGUUCUGCCCAGUGGAAUCGGCCACACCACAAACUGUUUCCUGAGCGUGGAGGGCACAGAUGGGGAACACGCCUACCUUACCACUGAGGACUCUGAAGAGAGGAAGAGCAUUGAAACAGUCAAUCAUCUGGCCCACGCUCUGCAUAUGGACAGGAACCAAGACUCAGGCUGUCUUGUCCGAGUGUUUUGGCCCAAAACUAAGUGUGCGGUGCUGAGAGAUGAUCUGGUUCUGAUGGAUAGUCCAGGCACAGACGUCACAUCAGAGCUGGACAGUUGGAUUGACAAGUUCUGUUUAGAUGCUGAUGUCUUUGUGCUUGUGGCCAACUCUGAGUCCACCAUAAUGAACACUGAGAAGCACUUUUUCCACAAAGUGAAUGAGCGCAUAUCAAAGCCCAACAUUUUCAUCCUAAACAAUCGCUGGGACGCAUCUGUCUUAGAGCCAGAGUAUCUGGAAGAUGUGCGGAAACAGCACAUGGAUCGCUGUGUCAGUUUCUUAGUGGAGGAGCUGAAGGUAGUGGACCUUCACAAGGCACCUGACCGCAUCUUCUUUGUCUCUGCCAAGGAGGUGUUGAGUGCCAGGAUCCACCGCGCUCAGGGAAUGCCAGAGACUGGCGGGGCUUUGGCUGAAGGAUUCCAAGAGCGACUGAUGGAGUUCCAGAGUUUUGAAAGAACAUUUGAGGAAUUUAUAUCCCAGUCUGCCGUGAAGACCAAGUUUGAGCAGCACACAAUCAGAGCCUGGCAGAUCAUUGAGUCGGUCAAGGCUAUCAUGGAUGCCAUCAAUAUUUCUUCAGCAGAAAAGAAAGUGUUCUCACUGGAAGAGCGUGAGGCUCUAAUGGACCGGCUAGAGUUUGUGCGAAAUCAGCUUAACUUCCUGACCGAGGACAUCAAAGACAAGAUAAAGGCCAUCGCUGAUGAAGUGGCUGCCAAGGUGUCCAGUGCCAUGGCAGAAGAGAUCUGUUUCCUGUCUGUUCUUGUGGAUGAAUUCUGUGCUGAUUUUAACCCUGCCCCAAAUGCCUUAGCCCUAUACAAAACUAAGCUUAUGGCCUACGCGGAGGAGAGAAUGGCCAAGAAUCUGGACCUGCGCUGUUCCAGCACUAUAAACGGCUGUGUGUUGUCGUCUCAGAGAGACAUCAUGGACACCCUGCGUCCUCUGCUGCCCCCUGCUGCCCGAGGGCACCUACACCUCCCCCACAGGAGGUUCACCAUGACCUAUGACCUGAACUUCUCAAGCCUCUGUGAAAACUUUGCGGAGGACAUCGACUUUCACUUCUCACUGGGUCUUACAUCCUUGGUGAAUCGUUUCCUAGGGCCAGCUAAAGCCAAACAAGCUUUGAGUCUGCUGAACCAGAACUUGAAAGUCACCUCUUCCUCUGCUCAGACCCAGGACGAGCUGGCUAUCUCCAUGGCAACAGGACUGGUCUCGUUCACAUCCAGAGCAUCGGUGGGCGUGUUGGUCACUGCUGGAUAUUGUGAUGGCAUUUUUGGACAGGUGUGGCGUUCUGUGGGAUGGAGGGUUAUUGUACUCUCUGUGAGUCUCUAUGGUUUGCUCUACCUGUAUGAAAGGGUCACCUGGACCAACAGCUCCAAAGAAAGGGCCCUGAAGCAGCAGUUUGUGGAUUACGCCACUCAAAGACUGCAGGCCAUCUCACACAUCCUCAGCAGUGACUGUGGACAGCAGGUGCAACAGGAGAUGGUGUCCGUCUUCGCCCGCAUGUGCCAACAGGUUGACAAGAGCGAGAUGGAGCUUGAAACCGAGAUCCGCAGACUGAGCGCCAGGAGCCAGCGCCUGGAGAGUGUCCAGAGACGCUCCAAAACCCUCAGGCACAAAGCCACUGAUCUGGAGUCACAACUGGAGUCUUUUUCAGCACAGUAUCUGCAGAUUCAACAUUAACCAGAGCAGCAAGAAAGGAGUAAGACUGUCCUCCAGUGUUCAGUGCUGGAACAACCCAAAAUCUGCUGAA